AUGGGUGAUUGGGAAGCGGUCUCGGACGACCAAGGCCGUACCUAUUAUUAUAAUCUGAAGACACAAGAAACCAGUUGGACAUUACCCGAGGACUCUUCUGAGACCAGUAAAUGGAUUGAGUACGAAACAGAUGAUGGAAAGAAAUACUACUAUAAUGAAUCCACAGGAGAAACAACCUGGGAUAGACCAGCCGAGCUUGAUGAGAAUAAAGAGGAUGAGCUGAUUGAAAAGGAAGAAGCGCCGGAUGCAGAAGCUGAAGUUGAAACGGCAGAAGUGAAAAGUGACUUGGAUUUGGAAUUAGAGAAAGAAGAAACAAGACCAAGCGAAAUACUGACGUCUUCAAGCACUACAGGUUUUGAAGAGGCUGAAGAAAACUUUGUUAGAUUACUCAGAGAUAAUGAAGUUGAUUCUACUUGGUCGUUUGAAAAAGUCAUUUCUAAAUUCAUCAAAGAUCCAGUUUAUUGGUCAAUACCAGAUUCACUACAAAGAAAGAAACUUUAUGAUGAUUAUUUGAUCCAAAAAUUGAAAGAUGAUCUUUCAAAUAAAACAGCCGUUAUUGAAAAUUUCGAAAAAAACUUUCUUGCCAUUCUUGAUGAUUUGAAAGAAAAUGGUAAGUUAAAAUAUACUACUCGUUGGUCCACGAUUAAAAACCUUUUGAUUGAAGAAGAUAAUCCUAUUUUCAAACACGCUAUAUUAAGUGACAAAGAAAUAUCUGAAAUUUAUAAAAAUUAUAUUGCUAAAUUUAAGAAUGAAGUCGAAUCUUCUUUAAAAGAAAGAAAAAGUCAAGCAUUGAAUGAAUUACAAGUUUAUCUAACUGAAAUUAAUCCAAAAAUUGUAUCUGAUAGUACUGACUGGGCUGAUCUUUAUUCUAAAUUGAAGGAAGAUCCUCGGUUCAAAGCAAAUAAGCAUUUUGCAGAUUUGACUAAAUGUGAUAUCCUUGAAUUAUAUUUGGAUAAAAUUUAUCCAGAAAUUUUAGAAAAACUCCGUGAUGAUAUUUCCAAAGUUGAAAAAUUCAACUAUCGCUCGGAUCGUAAGGCGAGACAAGCUUUUAAAGAAUUCUUGAAUCAGCAGUCUAUCAAAGCUAAUUCUUUAUUUAAAGAUAUUUUCCCAAUAAUAGAAAAUGAAGAUUCAUUUAUAGAAUUAUGUGGUCGCAAUGGAUCGACUCCAAUAGAAUUUUUCUGGGAUAUAGUGGACGAAAAAAGCCAAUUGUUGAAGUUAAAGAAAGAUUUGGUUGAAAAUAUCAUGGCAGAUUUACAAAGACAAGACCCUUCAGAGUAUAGUUAUGAUAGUUUACUAUCUUCUAAAGAACACUUUCUCAAAACUUUAUCUACGAUAAAAGAUGAAAGAUUAUCGUCUUUUGAUUUAAAAAGUAGCUCACAUAAUGAUAACGAACUCGAGGUGAUUUAUGAUACUUUAAAAAGAGAUUUGGAGCUACUGAAAAAGAAAGCAAAACUUUCUUUUGAAACCUCCUUGAAAUACAAAGUCUCCGCGUUGGCCCUUUUCCUUAGCUCUAAUCUUGAAAAAUUCAAC